AUGGAUUGGUACCAAGCAAAUCGCACUUGUGCCGAGUCACGAGCAAACCUAGCUAUCCCAAACUCUCAAUCCGAACAGGAUGACAUAUGGGAACUAUUCCUGAAGGAACCUGAUCUGACACGAGACGACCAUCUUUGGAUUGGUUGCAAUGACAUAUUGGAGGAGGGAAACUGGCAGCACUGUCCGUUAAAGGUUGAAACCAACGCCUAUGAGAAUUGGGCGGAUGGAGAGCCAAACGACUCAGGAGAUGGUGAAGAUUGUGGGGUCCAAAUCAAGUGGAGGGGUGGUACAUGGAACGAUGACGACUGCGAAAACUCUCACUUUGCCGUAUGCGAGCUCCCUGUUAGCAGUGGUGGCCGCCUCACUCCUCAGUGCCUGCUACACCACGCCAUGGAGGAGAUGAUCGGGGAAGGCGUCGGAUCAUGCGGGAAGGCUUGCCGAUCACACCCCCGAUGUCACUCCUUCAAUCUGCCUAAACAAGCUGGAGGGAAGAUGGUUUGUGCAUGA